AUGGCAACUUACGGUUGUUAUUCCUCCAGCUCCAAAGUAAAACUUGCCUGCCUCCUGAUGGUCGUCUUGCUCGUAUCAUCCCACAGCAAGAGCCAUGGCGGCGGCAGCAUUGCCGUCUACUGGGGCCAGAACGGCAACGAGGGCACCCUGGCCCAGACCUGCGCCACCGGCAACUACGCCUUUGUCAACAUCGCCUUCCUCUGCAGCUUCGGCUCGGGGCAGACGACCCCGCAGCUCAACCUCGCAGGCCACUGCGACCCCUACUCCAACGCCUGCACCAACCUCACCGCCGACAUCACAUUCUGCCAGUCCAAGGGUGUCAAGGUCUUGCUCUCCAUCGGCGGCGGCGCAGGAGGCUACUCCCUCGACUCCCAGCAAGACGCCUUCCAGCUCGCCCAGUACAUCUGGAACAACUUCCUCGGCGGCCACUCCGACAAGAGGCCCCUUGGCGACGCCGUGCUCGACGGCGUCGACUUCGACAUUGAGGGAGGAAACCCAGACCACUACGGAGAACUUGCCGCGUACCUCAAGUCCUACGGCGCCAGCAAGCAGGUGUACCUGUCGGCAGCGCCCCAGUGUCCAUUCCCGGACCAGUGGGUAGGCAAGGCCCUUCAGACAGGGCUCUUCGACCACGUCUGGGUCCAGUUCUACAACAACCCGCCUUGCCAGUACACGCCGGGGAGCACCGCCAACCUCAUCAACUCCUGGAACCAGUGGACAACAGCGAUCAAUGCCACAUACAUCUUCCUCGGCCUGCCGGCUGCACCGGAUGCUGCAGGAAGCGGAUUCAUACCAGUGGAGAGCCUCAAGUCGCAGGUGCUUCCGGCGCUCAAGAACUCCACCAAGUACGGUGGAGUCAUGCUGUGGUCCAAGUUCUACGAUGACCAGGACGGUUACAGCUCCGCCAUCAAGAACUCCGUCUGAUCUGCACGGUUUCAUUCUGGAUGUGAGAAUUCAUACAUGCAUGUGUGCGCAUCGACUUGUCACGAAAAUAUUCUACUGAAAUAAAGACCGAUAUUUCUACCA